CGCGCGUCCUCUGCGUCCCUCAACUCCCCCGGCCCCUCCGAGGUCUACCACAGACCGAUGCCUGUGCUUAGGACGUCCUCUCCCGUCCCCACCCUCUCCGUCUCCGCGCCCCCAAAUGGAAACGGUGCAAAGGACGACUCGCCCGUCAUCUUCGGCAUGCCGCUCAAAUACCUCUCCCUCGUCACCCUCGCCGUCCAAAACGCGGCGCUCUCGAUAGUCAUGCACUACUCCCGAGUCUCCAUCCCGCCUGCCGAGGCCUACUCGACCGCGUCCGCCGUCCUCCUCAACGAGCUCCUCAAGGGCUCCAUCUCCUUCCUCAUCGCCGCCUACCGCGUCUACAUCUUCCACUCCCCCAAGCGCGACGCCGCCCUCUACGCCCCUUCUGCCCAACACACCCCGCUCUCCGCCCUCCGCCAGGUCCUGCGCGAGAUCUUCAGCCCGGACUGCUGGAAGCUCUCCAUCCCCGCCCUCCUCUACGUCGUCCAGAACUCCCUCCAGUUCGUCGCCAUCUCCAACCUUCCCGUCGCCACCUUCCAGGUCACCUACCAGAUGAAGAUCCUCACCACCGCCGCCUUCUCCGUCGCCCUCCUCCGCAAACGGCUCAGCUCCACCAAAUGGGUCUCCCUCAUCUUCCUCGCCCUCGGCGUCGCCAUCGUCCAGAUCCAGACCACCUCUUCCACCACGACGACGACGACGACGCACCACCACCACCGCGAGUCCGCCGUCGGCAGCGCACACGACUCGGCUCCCCUCUACACCCACAUCAUGUCCCCCCUCAAAGGCUUCGGCGCCGUCACGGCAGCAUGCUUCACCUCCGGCCUCGCAGGCGUUUACUUUGAAAUGGUCCUCAAAAACUCGAAAGCAGACCUCUGGGUCCGCAACGUCCAGCUCUCCCUCUUCUCCCUCAUCCCCGCCCUCCUCCCGACACUCUACCACCACCACGCCACUUCAAACCCAUACUCUCCCUCUGGCAACAGUUUCUUCGGCCAGUUUUUCGCAAACUUUGGAUUGUGGGCAUGGGCGACCGUCGCGAUUCAGGUGUUCGGAGGGUUGAUCACUGCAGUCGUAAUCAAAUACUCAGACAACAUCCUCAAAGGCUUCGCGACCUCUCUCUCCAUCAUCCUCUCCUUCCUCGCCUCCGUCGCCCUCUUCGAUUUCCGCCUCACAUCCUCAUUCAUGAUCGGCUCUUCCGUCGUCCUCGCCGCGACAUGGAUGUACAACCAGCCCGCGGGGUCCGAACCGCAAUUGCUCGUCAACGUCGUUAAUGGGGCGACUGGGGCAACAAAAUCGAGAGCGGGAGCGGGGUGGCCCGGGAGUCCGGUGGGGCCUGAUGAGCCGAUAUUGGGGGAUUUGGGAGAGAGGGAUAAGAAGGAGAUGUCGAGAGUUCCGACCCCCAUACCGGGUCUUGGGAAUGGGAGUCCGACGGGGAGUCCGACGGGGGAGAUCACGCCGUUUGGACAUUCGCAUGAGAUGGGACAGCCGGGGUUGGUCUAUGGAGCGGGGCAGGGGUAUGGAUUGGGCGUGCAGGUGGACGGUGCUGCUGCGAAUGGCACAGCGAAUGGGAAUGGGACGGCGAACGGGAAUGGGAAUGGGAAUGGGGGGUGGAUGGAGAUGGUGGAUACGCCGAGGUAUUUGAGCGCGCCGUAUGGAUCGCCUUAUAAUUCGCGGACACCGUCACCUUCGCCGCCUUCACCUGGGAGUGUGCCGCCGCCUCCGCCUCUGUCGAGGUAUGCCUCGAGUACUGGGUCACCGAAUUUGGGGACGGGGGUGUGGAUGGGCGGAAGUGGGGGUGAGAGGAGGCAAUAGGAGGAUUUGGGGUUUCUUGGGGAGGCUUGUAAGAAGGAGAGGAGAGAGUGAGUGGUGGUGCAUGAAAUUUGAUUCGUUGGUUAGUUGGUCAGUUGAUACCCCCCGCUUGCGUGACAUUGUCAGUGAGCGAAUCGAUAUCUAUUCGAGUCGAAUAUUAGAGUUUUUUUUUCUUCUCACCUUUUACUUUUUUGAACUUUACUUCCGUUCGUUUUCGUUUUCGUUUUUUUAUCCCCCUUGUCCUUGUCCUCUUACCCGUAGCUUACUCUAUCCCAUCCCCAUCCCCAUCCCCAUCUCAUGCUACACUGGCACUCCUCUGCAUUUCGCCCCUCUGCCGCUACCCCCUCCCCCUCCCUCCAUCUAUGCAUUCAACAGACACAGACACUCACGCCCACCCGCACAGACUCAGACUCAGAUCG